AUGGCUAAUAGUGCAUCAAGAAAAUCAAUGAAUAGAGAGGCUGCGGUGGACGAGGAUGAUAUUGAUAGAAGACUCAGGCUUCUUAAUAAGCCUGCAGUGAAGAGCAUUCAGAUGGAACCCAGCAUUAAAUUGCCUUCAGAAAACAAAGCAACAAAAGUUGAGUCCUCAAAACCAGUAAUAGCUCAAACUUGGCAAAAGAGUGGAAGUUGUCCCCGGGGAACUAUUCCCAUCCGACGAGUCCGGCGGCAAGACUUGUUGAGAGCUUCUAGUCCCGAGCAAUUUGGGAAAAUGUACCAUCCUCAUUCACAGGACUACGUGGCUAAUUCAACCCUCAAUGAAAAUGUUCGAAAUGUGGUCAUAAAUGGAACCCGAGUCUCUCUUCCUUAUACAAAAGAUCGUGAUCAAGCAAUCCUUGUGACAGUAGGGUACAACUACAUAGGAGCUUCCAGUGACAUAAACUUAUGGAAUCCAAACCUUGAUUUGCCAGAUGACUUCACUACAGCCCAGAUAUGGCUUCUGGGUGGCCCCGGCAAUAAGUACGAAAGUGUUGAAGCAGGAUGGAUGGUUGAUGGAAGCGUUUCCACAGGCUGCUUCGAUUUGACCUGUUCUGGGUUCGUUCAAACUAGUUCUGAGGUGGCCCUCGGCUCUGCUCUAGGUCCGAUAUCUUCUGAACGGGAACAAUAUCAAAUAUCAGUCGGCAUCUUCUUGGAUCCUCAUUCUACCAACUGGUGGCUACGCCUCACGAACAACCUGGUCCUCGGGUAUUUUCCAGGAUCCCUUUUCUUCUACCUGAAGCGCAGCGCCAUAAUGGUCAACUGGGGAGGUCAAGUGUACAGUACGAUGGUGAAGAAGACUCCUCACACCAGAACUGCCAUGGGAAGUGGGGAGUACUCAGGGGCACUCCAUGGCCAUGCCUGCUACAUCAACCACGUUAGGAUCGUGGACUUCUCACUCUCACUGAAGUACCCGGAGUGGGUUGGGGUUUAUAGUGAUGAAGUGUACUGCUACAAUGGGAACAACCAUAGAGAUGGGUAUGUCGGCGAGCCUGUGUUCUACUUCGGCGGACCGGGACAAAAUCAUUUCUGCCCAUGA